CGCUGCACGCCCGUCAUCUCCCAAUCCUCCUAUAUAAACGGCACCUGCCAGGUGAGCGUGCUGCGUGCACAGGACAGAGCGGAUCGAUCGCCAGGAGCGGAGAUCGAUCGAUCAAUGGUGGUCAACGGCGCGCGCUGCGUCGCCGCGCUGCUAUUGCUCGCCUUCACGGCUGCCCGGGCUGUUCCCGACGUAGAUGGCCCGCUGCUGAACGGCAACUUCGAGUACCCGCCCAACAGGUCGCAGAUGAACGGCACGAGGGUGACGGGCGCGCACGCCAUCCCCUACUGGAAGGCCACCGGCCCCGUGGAGUACGUCGAGUCCGGGACGGACCAGCCGGGCGACGGCAUGGUCCUGCCGGUGCCGGAGGGCGCGCACGCCGUGCGCCUCGGCAGCGGCGCCUCCGUCCGGCAGCAGCUCAGCCUCACCCGCGGCGCCUGCUACUCCGUCACCUUCAGCGCCGCGCGCACCUGCGGCCAGUCGGAGCGGCUCCGCCUCUCCGUCGUCCCCGUCGACGCCGCCGACGCGCCCGGCCGCGAGCUCCCCAUCCAGACCGUGUACAGCGCCAGCGGCUGGGACUCGUACGCCUGGGCCUUCCACGCCGAGCAGGGCGUGGUCACGCUCGUCAUCCACCACGGCGACGGCGGCGGCGCGGCGGAAGACCCCGCGUGCGGGCCCCUGGUCGACGCCGUCGCCAUCAAGACCCUCCACCCCGCCGCCCAGGCCGCCGGCGGCAACCUGCUGAGGAACGGGGACUUCGAGGAGGGGCCGUACGUCGCGCCGGGGUCGGCGUGCGGGGUGCUGGUGCCGCCCAUGGACGCGGACGCCAUGUCGCCGCUGCCCGGGUGGAUGGUCAUGUCCUACUCCAAGGCGGCCAAGUACGUGGACGCGGCGCACUACGCGGUGCCCUGCGGGUCGCGCGCCGUGGAGCUGAUCGCCGGCGUGGAGGCGGCGCUGGUGCAGGAGGUGGACACCGUGCCGGGGAGCGCGUGCCGGAUGGAGUUCUCCGUCGGGGACGCCGGGGACGGGUGCGUGGCGUGCGGGCCGGAGCAGCAGCCCAUGCGCGUGGUGGCGGCGGCCACGGGGGCGCAGGGGCCCGCCACCGUGGAGUACCAUUCCAGUGGCAAGGGCGGGCACGCGCGCGGCGAGCUGGCGUUCACGGCGGAGGGGAACCGCACGCGGGUGGUGCUCUAUAGCUCCGGCUACCACACCAUGGCCGACGGCAGCGGCUCGCUCUGCGGCCCCGUCGUCGACGACGUCUCGCUCGUCUGCACUUAGAUGCCGCCGCCGCCGCCGGCGGCUGGUACGUCGCUAGCUAGUGCGUCGGCAGCGCGAUUGUUUUAGACAUUGCAACAUUUCACAUUUCUUUCGUUUUCUUCUCUUCUGAGAAACAUCGGUAAUUUUGAACGAUCCGUCCCUCCUCUGCAGUCUCAUGGAACUGGGGACGAAUAGAUCUCAAGGGAAUUAUUUCAAAAUGUUUCAUUCUAAA